CUCUCAUUCAGAUUAAUAAAAGCGUUUUCUUUCAGAAUUAAGCAAUAGUUUUUUUUAUUUUAGAUCUCCAAACGGCUUCUGAGAGAGAAACAGAAGAACUUACCACAAAACUACAAAACAGAAACUAUGUCGUCGUUUAUAAAGCAAUCCUUGUUUAGUUUAUUGGAUAAAACCAAAGGAAGAAACAAACUCUCGUGUUUCAACAACCAAGAAAAGAAGAAGAAACUAUACCUAGUGCUUGACUUGGAUCACACUCUUGUCCACUAUAUCCCUGUUUCAAAGCUUUCUGAUAAAGAAAAAUAUUUAAUCGAAGAAGCUGAUUCAAGGGUUGAUCUAUGGAAGUUCGGAAAAAGAAAUCCCGAGCAUCUGAUAAAGUUACGACCUUUCCUCCACGAGUUUCUGAAAGAAGCCAACAAGCUUUUCACCAUGUACGUUUACACGAUGGGCAGUUACGGUUACGCGCAGUAUGUAUUGAGUUUUAUUGAUCCGGAUAAAAGAUAUUUCGGACAUAGAGUCAUAACCAGAGAGAAGUCCCCUCCUCAUAAGAAGACACUUGAUCUUAUCUCUGCUGAUCAACGAAGAGUGGUUAUUGUUGAUGAUCAUAGCAGUGUUUGGCCUCAACACAAGCCAAACUUGUUGAAGAUCGCAAACUACACUUAUUUCAGAUACGAGAUGAUGAAUUAUUAGAGAUAUGUCAGACCGGAAGAUGUGUAUCUUACGGACCAAGAUUGUGAAACCCGUGAAACUCAUGA